CCACUUCCUCCCCUCACAAGUUGCUUUCUCCCCUCUCUCUCUCUCUCGAUAUAUUACCUAUAUUUUAAUCCAUACACAAUGCCAGCUUCUGAUGUCUUAAAGAGAAAGACCGGUGUCAUCGUCGGUGACGAUGUCCGUGCCUUGUUCACCUACGCCCAGCAAAAGGGUUUCGCCAUCCCAGCCAUCAAUGUCACCUCUUCGUCCACUGUUGUCGCUGCUUUAGAGGCUGCCAGAGACGCCAAGUCCCCAAUCAUCUUGCAGGCCUCCCAGGGUGGUGCUGCUUACUUUGCCGGUAAGGGUGUGUCCAACACCGACCAGUUCGCCUCCAUCCAGGGUGCCAUUGCUGCUGCCCACUACAUCAGAGCCAUUGCCCCAGCUUACGGCAUUCCAGUGAUCUUGCACACCGACCACUGUGCCAAGAAGUUGUUGCCAUGGUUCGACGGGAUGUUGGAAGCCGACGAAGCCUACUUCAAGCAGCACGGCGAGCCAUUGUACUCCUCCCACAUGUUGGAUUUGUCCGAGGAAACCGACGACGAAAACAUUGCCACCUGUGCCAAGUACUUUGAGAGAAUGACCAAGAUGGGCCAGUUCUUGGAAAUGGAAAUCGGUAUCACCGGUGGUGAAGAAGACGGUGUCAACAACGAGCACGUCUCCAAGGACUCGUUGUACACCUCACCAGAGACCGUUUUUGCCGUCUACAAGGCCUUGGCUCCAAUCUCCCCAGACUUUUCCAUCGCCGCUGCCUUCGGUAACGUUCACGGUGUUUACAAGCCAGGUAACGUGCAAUUGAAGCCAUCGAUCUUGGGUGACCACCAAAAGUACGCGGCCAAACAGAUCGGGGCCUCCGCUUCUGAGUUCCCGUUGUACUUGGUUUUCCACGGUGGCUCCGGCUCCACCCAGGAGGAGUUUGACACUGCCAUCAAGAAUGGUGUUGUCAAGGUCAACUUGGACACUGACUGCCAGUACGCCUACUUGGCGGGGAUCAGAGACUACGUCUUGACCAAGAAGGAGUACUUGCUCACCCAGGUUGGUAACCCAGACGGUGACGACAAGCCAAACAAGAAGUACUUUGACCCACGUGUCUGGGUGAGAGAAGGUGAAAAGACCAUGUCCAAGAGAAUCACCGAGGCUUUGCACAUCUUCCACACCGCCAACCAAUUGUAAGGAGAAUGCGUUGCAGCUUGAUGCUGACUGUUUCUCUGUAUAGCCC